AUGCUGCGGCUAUGGCGGCUAUGGCGGCUAUGGCUGCUCCUUGUGGGGGGACUUGGUCAGGGUGUCGAGAGCAAUCUGACCUGGCAGCUGGUGGCUUCAGGGCACAGCUCCACGAGCCAAACCGCUGCCGCCACGUACUCGGAGCGGGAGAUGGUGAUCUACGGCGGUCAGAGCCAGCUGUGGCGCUUGGACCUCGAGGCCGGAGCCUGGCAGACCAUCGCGGCAACGGGCAGCGCCCCCAGCGGCUCCCGGUCCUACAUGGCAGGGAGCCGGACGAACGGAGAGCUCAUCUACUUUGGGGGCAGCAACGAUGCCAGCGUCUUCCGGCUCAAAGCUUCGAUGAGUUGGGUGCAAGUGGCCCUCACGGGCCCAAGCCCCACCAACCGGCACCGCCACACUGCCGUGAGGCUCUCGGACGGCAGCCUCCUGAUCUAUGCGGGCUUCACCUUCAACAGGCAGCCGCUGGGAGAUGUCUGGAAGUUGAUCUUUACUUCGGAGGCGGAGGGCUUUUGGCAGGAGGUGCAGACGACCGGCGGGGGUCCGGGGCCACGUUUGGGGCCUGCGGGAAUUGCGGGGGCUGAUGGCAACUUCCUGACCUUCGCAGGCCACGAGGACUGGGGCGAAUACUUCGAUGACGUUUGGCGGUUGACGAUCAAUGGAACAACCGGAGUCUGGCAGCUGGUAGUGGUCUCUGGCCCGACGCCCGGCGUCAGGAGAUUCCCUUCCGCCGUGGCGGUCCCGGAUGGCAUGCUGAUCUACGGGGGCUUCAACGACCAGCGCGGCCAUCCGCUGAAGCAGACGGCCUACAAUGACGUUUGGCACAUGGGCAUCAACGGGAACACCGGCGUCUGGCAGAAACUGGAGCCUGCUGGGUCGAAGCCCGGUGCUGGGGGGGCCUCCCAGGCGGCAGUCCUCUGUGGCGUGGGGCUGAUAGUGACCAUCGGCAGCAGCACCCACAAGCUGAACUGGCCAACCGGGUGCCCUCCGGGCUAUGCCUGGCAGGCCGGUCACUGCCUGCAGUGCUGCGAUGGCUUUGAGAGUUUGGGGGGCUGCGACCUUUGCCAAGCCGCGGCAGAGGCAGAGCCAUCGAUGGAGUCUGUCUUGGCGAACCUCUCCACUCCUCUCCUCGAGAUCUCCUUCUUGGACGAGGAGGUCCGCCUGAAGCUUCAGCUCCCCCAGGUCCCCCAGGUCCCUUCGGCCGGGAACCUGACCUGGAACUUCCACCUCGCUGCCUCCAACCUCAAGGAGGAGCUCCAAGUGUUUGGCUCACCGUGCCUCAGCUGGGAGACUGUGGAGUCCGAAGGCUCAAAUCUCACCUACCAGGCCUCAGCGCCUUUCCCGGAGCUCAUGGCCUGUCUCAAUGCCACGAGGAAUUCCACGAACGCGACCGCCACGCACAGCACAACAACCGCCACGCCGGUGCCCGCUGAUCUCAACAUUCUGGUCCGAGAUGCGUUCCUGGCCGUGUACCUGCUGGGAUCCGACUCCGAGGCCGUCCUCGCAGACUGGGUCAUCCCGGUGACACUCCAGGCGUGCCCGACCGGCUACAAGUCCGUGGGCGUGAGCUGCCUCCCAAGCUUGGCCUUCGCUCUGACACGGCUUCCGAGCCCGACCUUCCAGACUUCCGCUUCGAACAUGCUCCGAUUGAUCUUUGAUGAAGACCUCCCGGCGGUCGCAGAGAACAUCUCCCUCAGCUAUCGCGCGCGUCUUGGUUCGGAUGAGGGCCAAACGGAUUGCAAGGCUUGGAACCAGACCGGGCAAGGUCGCUUCGUCCUGGAGCUGAGCGUCGCAGAGCUCGACGACUGCAAGUUGAACGUGUCGACCACAGCAGACUACGUGGCUUGGAGUGGAGUGGCCACUCUGGCCCUUCUGGGGGACUUCUAUGACAAGCCGGUCGCCUUGUGGAUCUUCCCAGUGACCUUCCGCUUCGACCGCCUGAUACAUGCCUUCUCCUCCCUCGAAGUAGAACGCCACCGGGAGGUGGUGGCGGAGGAGGAGGUGAUCUACGCCGGAGCCCUGAACACUACGCUGGCCCUGUACGAGUCCGACUUCACUGCCCCGAAGCAGCAGGCCGUUUACUUUGUCUGGGAGCGGGCCUUCGUGGAGCUUGGGCUGGGCGCAGUGUCCGUGGUUGCGAACGUGGACCUGGUGUGGCUCGCGGCAUCCAGCGAUGCCUCAGCGCCGAUGGUCCACAACCUCACGGGCUCCAUGAUCUACCUUCCGUCUUCGCCGUCGAGCCGGCGCUUCAGUGUGCAGCUGGAGGUCUGCGAGACGUGCUUCCUGCACGUCUUGGCGACCAUCGACUCCAUCGCCGGCCGCCGGCUGAACGAGAGGCGGCUGAAGGUGCCCCAGAGGCUCUUCGAAAGCGUGCCGAUCGCGGUGAAGGUGCCGAGCUCCACGAGUUCCACGAGCUCCAGGCCCUCGACCAGCUCAUCCAGCCCUGCAGGAUUCUCGGGGUCCUUCGAGCUCACCGUGGCGGAUCCUCAAGCCUUCGUGGAGGCGCCUCAGGUCCGGUGGUCGCUGGCGCAGGCCUUGGGAAUUCUUUGGGGCCAGGAACUCGAGGUGCACCUGGCGAUCUUGGACCGCCCCGCUGACCCAGGCGCUCGCCGUCUUGCCGGGCUGGUCCAGUAG